AUGGGGUUGGAGCUUUACUGGGUUGACGCCUUGACCGGAGGCAACCUGAACCGUUGGUUUCCACUUGCUGCGCCGAGCGAUUAUCUCUACUUCCUGCCUCCGCUCACAGGGGUUGACUCGAGAAGGAAGCUACGGCUGAUUUCGAGUGCGGCUGGUCCGGUCGCUCCGCAGCUGGUGAGGAGUGACAGUACCCCAGCGAGGUGGAAGUAUUGGCCCACGCCUGCGGCUUUCGGCCGACGGCAGAGCUUGACAAGACUGUUCUUUGGUAACCUACCAUUUCCCACGCCAGCCGGUGAUCCGGACCUAUCUUCUGGCGCCGAGGAUCCCUCGAGGACCGAUGAGGUGCAAGGAGUCUUGCGCACUGUCGAUUGUGAUCACUUCUGUGCUAUUCCCGUCAGCGACGGAUUCCAUUUGGUUUUCACUGACCCUGGCAGUGGACUAGUCUGCCUCGGGAGUGAUGCACCGCUAGGAGGUCCGACCAAACUUGUCCGGAAGAUCAUGUUCAUCCCACCCGAGCGAGAAGGAGGCGAACGAAAGCCUUCUCCUCUUCGAUAUGCCGUCGGCAAGGCACUCGACUGGGGCCUGAGGCUUGUCGUGGUAUAUGAUAACGAUCGAGUUGUUCUGUACAGCGUCCCAUCGGAUAUUUUCAACCAACUCCGAGACCAAAAGGGCACUCCUGAUGCGUGGGAUGAGAACACUGGGGUUCUGGGACAGAGUGAUCUGACUAUGGACUCACCGAUGGCCAGUCAUGAGGAUGACGCAGUCGGCGACACGUCUUCUGACGAAGAAACAGACCACGAUGACGGAGUCGCUAAUCAGCCCUUGCAACUGGAUGGGUGUAUCAUCAGCAACGUCGCUGGUCAGAUCGUUGACGAUCUUGCAGUUCAGAGCGAGAAUGGCACUCUUGCUGUAUGGAUUUUCUACAGAAGCGGAAUGGCCGAGCUCUACAGCAUCUAUACGCCGCGUGGUCAUCAAACUCGGAGACGGUACGUUGGAGACAAUGGUCUCAUCUACGACAAGGCAAGAGAAGUGCAAGGGCAUGAUGCGUCCAGUACCCCCACAUCGAAGCACAAAGCGAAGGAGGAAGAUGACAGACACGUCAAAUGGGCAGGUCAGCAAAAUCUAGAUUGA